AACCGUUUCCUCGCUUUCUCAGCACGCAGCCGACGCAGCACGCACGACCGGCACCGGCACAGCACCAUCGACUUUCGCGUACGUUUCACCAGUUUUUCACCACUUCACUUUUUGUAAGAUUGUUGGAGGGGGCUUGCGAAACGAACUGUCUUCCUCUUCCAAACUUGAACAUCAUUCAAGAGUAGCGAAGGUCACACUCAUUCAUUUCCUGAACUUGAAUUCUCGGUGACUUGGACGAUGCACCGCGUCAUUUCCUUUACGCCGGUGAUGUUCUCGCUGCCGUGAGUAGUGGGUGAAGUGCUGUGGCCGACUCCGUUGAGCGAUAAUCCCAUUCAUAGGAUGCAUCGCCUCGCUCGUGCUCUAAGAUGCGGCCGCGCAACGCCGCGGGCACGUCCUUGCACGCACGACGGCUUGAAGCGCCUCCGUCACAGCGACGUCUCGGCGCGUCCAACGGCGGAACUGAAAAUACCCGUCCCCUACGGCCAUCUGGCGGCCAAAGAGUGGCUUCCCGUGCCCUGCGAAGAUCCGGAGCGUCGAAUGAUCUGUCUACACGGCCACCAGGACAACGCCGGGAGCUUCGACUUCCUGCUGCCGAAGCUGGACGCGAGGUGGCGCGCGGUGGCGCUAGAUUACACGGGGCACGGACUGUCGUCCCACCUUCCCAAAGGUUGCGCCUACACGGCCAACCACUUUGUGGCCGACAUGGUCAGGACGGUGCGGUUCCUCGGUUGGCAGAAGUUCUGCCUCGUGGGACACAGCAUGGGCGGAGCGCUUGCCCGGCUCUACGCCAACCUCUUUCCGGAUCAGGUGAAGAAAGUUGUCAUGAUGGACAGCCUGGCACCCACAUGCCGUCCACCGAGCAUGGUCCUCAAGACGUUCCGGACCACUAUGCUCGAGUCCAUGCGUAUCGAAGAUAAAGAUCCGCUGAGUCAGCCGAGUUACACGGAGGAGCAGCUGGUUCAACUGUACAUGAAGACGUCGUCCUGGGGCUACCUUCCCGAAGACGCCAAGACGAUCCUCAAUCGUGGCUCUGUGUCCAUCGGCGACGGCCGCUUUAUCCUCACCAAAGACCCCCGCCUUAGGGCUAUCUCCUGGAGUAAAGUUGAUCGUGCUGAAAUCCUGGAAUAUGUCAAGGCGUACAAGAAUGAUUUGCUCGUGCUGAAUGCCUUGCCGGGGAUCGGUUUCUGUUCGGUGUGGCACCAAAAAGUCUUGGACGUGUGUGAAGAGAACUGUCGCAAGUUUGAGUAUCUUCAGCUCGAGGGAAACCAUCACAUUCACAUGAACCAGGCAGACCUGGUUGCAAAGCAUGUGGGACGCUUCCUCGAAGAUAUGCAGUGAUUCCAUUGAUGUGUCGAUGGAACAUUGGUGGUGUGAUUGACACGGUUUCGCUUUAGGUGCGAGCGUGGCCGAAGUUACAUGAGUGAGCUCCAGGCUUUCGGCAUACUACCGAGCAUGCAAGCUCGUGCAGUGCAAGCAUAGUUCAGGACAGCAUGUUCUUGCUUCUAGCUUCGGCUUUGCUCACACAUAAAGUGAAGAAAAACCAUAGGUUGUGUGGCAGUGGGAUGGAUACUUUGUGUAGAGAGGUUGGUGCUUAGCUUGCUGUGAGAAGGGUAUCGUUUGAGGCUUUGUUACCUCUUUGUUACACUUUUUUGUCUUCCGAGCUGAAGGAGAGCCUUCGGUAGCACUAGUAGUUCAUGCGUUGUACCUUCUUGGGGCACUGCAUUUACAUUUGACUAGAAUUCUUUUCGACAUCUCCAUAUAAUUUGUUUAAAAAACAACGUUGUAUUUGAUGUUUGAAUGAGAAGGGGUGAGCUUUAACAUUUGGGCUCUGUUAGGUUUUAGGUAGGAUUAUACAAUACUUCCUGUGUGAGUUUCAUGCGGUGGACCUCCCUUCAAUUGCAGUUUAUGGAGAGCUCAUACAUAUUUUCAAUGUUGUAAAUAAUGAGAAGGGGGACUCUUCUUUGUGAUCUUGAGCAUCUGCCUUGCAGAGACUGCCGAGUGAUGCAACUGUUCGAGGUCAUUUCAUUUCGCUGCCAAAUAUUGUUUUUUUAGAGGCUUACGUUACAAGUUAAGAAACAAAUCUUUAUAUUGCUCUGUUCCUAGCACCGUUUAUAGUCAAUAAUUUUUCAAACGGUUACAUUUGUUUAUUGUCUUGAGAAGACCUAGUAACUAUUGUACAUUGCCUUGAAGCUUUUAUUGCUUUAAAAGAUACUCAUGUUGUAGUUUUACCAGCGCAGAAGGAAAUGGUUAUUUUAUUUUCAUGGACGAAAAAUAUACUUUUGUUAUUGUAUGCUUAUGCCUGUGAAGUUCAUUGGAUAGUCAAGGCAAUGUCCAAUGUUGUUUUUAGAGCGCACUUCUUAGGUGCCCGUUUCCGUGUUUCGCGGCGUCGGCUUAACCGCACUAAAUUUAGCGGGAAAAUUGACGUCAUGUGACUUCUACACCAAUUCAAUGCCCCGCUACGUGACCUCAACACCAAUUCGAUUUCCGCUAAGUUUGGCGGGAAAAUUCAGUUUCUCCCCUAGAUUUAGCAGACAAAUUAGUUCCUCCGCUAAAUUUAGCGGGAAUAUUGACGUCACGUGCCCUCAACACCAAUUCAAUUCCCCGCUAAAUUUAGCGUGGAAUUGAAUUGGUGUUGAGGUCACGCGACAUCAAUUUUCCCCCUGAAUCUAACGGAGAAACUGAAUUUGUUCAUAGGCGACUUUACUUCAAGCCGCGUGACAUUAUUUUACCCGCUGAAUUUAGCGAGGAAGCUGAAUUGGAGGCGGAAGGGAGAGCAGGGAAUGGAGGAGGAGCAGGGGCAUACCCUUCCUCUGUAUUCUCUCCUCCUCCUCAAGAGCUGCGCUCUAAUUUCGCAUUACGAAGAUUUGUAAACAUCUUUCAUUUUAGAGCGCCGCUCUUAGGCGCCCGUUUCCGGCUUCGGCGUCGCCGUAACCGCGCGGUGCAUUAUGGGAAACGUCCCAUAAUGCACCGUGGUGACGCGCGCGUUGCAUUAUGGGACAUUUUCCAUAAUGCACCGAGCGGGAAGGAGGAGGACGCGAGGAGCACGGGAGGAGGGAGGAAAAGGGGCCUACCGUCCCCUUCCCUCCUCCUCCUCAAGAGCUGCGCUCUAAUUCAUUUUUUGUGUCUAUUUACAAUGUU